AAGGGAGAAAAAGGAGCGGAAAACAGGCGGAACCCGGCGCGGUUUUGUCCGCGCUGCGGAGGGGAGGGGACAAAGGGGAGGGGACGCGGAGCGGGGGAGGGGACCCGGAGCGGGGGAGGGGACCCGGAGCGGGGGAGGGGACGCGCAGGGGACACCCCGCGCCCCUCGCUGCCCGUGACGGCGGCGGCGCCGCGCCGGGGCCGCGCCUUUUAACGGCGGCGCUCCAUGGCCGGGGCGGCCGCGCUCCGCCAAGCCCGAGCGGGAGCCGCCGCUCCCGGCCCCGCGGAGCAUGGGCGAGCACAACCUGCUGAACCCCGGCUUCGUGGGGCCGCUCGUCAACAUCCACACCGGAGACGCUUUUUAUUUCCCCAAUUUCCGCGGGGCGGGCGCGCAGAUCCCCGCGCUGCCGUCCCUGCCCUACCCCCGGCGGGACAACUUCGGCUCCCUGCCCGCCUGGGCGCCCGCGGAGCCCUGCGCGCCCUACGCGCAGCCCUACCUGGGCUUCGGGCGCGCCUGCGAGCUGCCCCGCGAAGAGGGCAAGUGCUACUAUCGCGACAGCGCCGCCGAUAAAAGCGACAGGGGAAGGGACGGCGCGUUGCUGGCGCUGGAGCCGCUGCCCGCAGCCGCGCCCGCCGCGGGGAACCACGCGGGGAAUUUGGGCACUUUGGGAGGGUUCGGAAAGUUCGAGUACGGCGGGGCCGAGGGAGCGGCGCAGGAGCCGCCGGCCUGCCAGAGCCUGGAGUCGGACUCGGGCUCGCCGCUGCUCGGAGAGGGAGGAAAAGGGGACGCGGCGGGGCUGGUGUCGCCGCUGAACGCUGCAGGAGGCGGCGCCCCGUGGUACCCGAUGCACACGCGGUCCCGCAAGAAGCGCAAGCCCUACUCGAAGCUGCAGCUGGCGGAGCUGGAGGGGGAAUUUUUGGUGAACGAAUUCAUCACGCGGCAGCGGCGCCGGGAGCUCUCGGACCGCCUGAACCUCAGCGAUCAGCAGGUGAAGAUUUGGUUCCAGAACCGGCGCAUGAAAAAGAAAAGACUCCUCCUCAGGGAGCAGGCGCUCUCCUUCUUUUAAAGGAGGAAAAAUAACAAAAAAAAAGAAAAAAAAAAAAAAAUUGUAGUUAAAAGCGUUGC